CUUAGGUGUGUUCUAUCCACAAUUCCACGUAGACAUUGUGUUAGCAAUGACCCGAUUGCGGUGUGCACAACCACUCGCCCUCCGAUGGUACCGCAGUCCCAUCGGCUCAUCUUACAUUUCCACGUGCCUACGAACUGCCCGCUUCAGUACUGGCUCUGCUGAACGAGCAUCUAACCCCCCUCGAACUCAUAAGCAACCCUCGCUCGUCCCUUGGGCCACCGCCUUCAUCCUACUCUCGAUUGGCUACGUCGUUGGCGAGUCCGUCCGCACCUUCAUUCGUCCGCCAUGGUACCCCGAUCCCGGCAGCCCUGAAGAUCAAAUCAUUCUCGAUAAGAUCGCCCACGAUAUCGACGAGCUCGCACUGGUCGCCUCUAUGCGCAUCAAAACAAAGUCUACGACUAUCAACGCAGACGCCGAGGUUGGCGCAUGGCGUGAACUCUUCAUCGACAACAUUGCUGAGACCGAAUCCCCCGAAGGCACGUUGCCAGCGAACCCACUUACUCCUCGCACGAUCACAGGGACGCGCACACUGACAGUGUCUACACUGCAUGCCUCCGGUCUCUUCGGGCCACAGCGCGUCUUCUAUAAUUCUUACACACAUUCACUUGUUGCGGUCGUCUGGCUCGGUGGAAAUCUAUCUGGGUGGCCCAAUAUAACGCAUGGAGGGGCUAUCGCAACGUUGCUCGACGAAGCGUGUACUCGGGCAGUAGCAGGGCCGGAUCGGGGACUGGACGAGCCGAAGAUGUGUAAAGGGGUAGAAUUGAGUUAUCUGAAGCCGACGAUGGCAAAUAGAUAUUACGUCGUCAAGGUAGACGUUGACGCUGGAGCCAUGAUACCGACUGCAAAGAAUCUGCACACAGGAAUGGAACCACAAGGUGAUAGGAAAUUACGAGAUGCUCUAGAAGAAAAGAAGAAGGGAUGGUUCACGUUCGGGAAACCAAGUCCUGAGGAGGAUGUGGUGGUGCAGGCAACGCUGGAGACACUGGACGGGUUGGUAUGCGCGAGAGCAAAAGCGACAUGGGAUGUUGAAGGGGCAGCGAAAUUAUAAGACGUGGAACAAUCAAAGAGAGAUGCGGUAAGCACCCUGCAGAAGAACAAGUUCACAGCGAGAUCUCAUGGCUAGCAAUAUCUAUGAAACCCCGGCAAAGUCGGAAACCGCCCACACGUUUGACGUACCAAACAACCUCAACACCAUAAAGCCAAAUAGGAUACGUUUGAUCACUGGCCCUAUGGGCGUAGAAGCCCCUAUAAUCUUUGUCGCGUGAGUCAAGACUGU